AUGGGUUUUUCUCAUUUGUUGUUACAUGUUCUGGUUUGUUCCCUUGCUUCUCUUAGAGGUUGCAUGGGAAGUGAUAAUGUACCGAUACAAAUCAAUGAUGAUGUCUUAGGGCUGAUUGUUUUUAAGUCAGACCUUAUCGACCCAUCUUCCUAUCUCAGCUCAUGGAACGAAGAUGAUGACUCCCCAUGUUCAUGGGAGUUCAUAGAGUGCAAUCCGUUAAGCGGCAGUGUUUCUCAAGUCUCACUUGAUGGCUUGGGAUUAUCAGGAAAAUUGGGUAAAGGGCUCCAAAAGUUGCAGCAUUUGAAGACAUUAUCAUUGUCCCACAACAAUUUUAGCGGUGACAUUAGUCUUCAGCUUGGUCUCCUUUCAAAUCUAGAAAGACUCAACCUUAGCCACAACAGUCUUUCAGGCCUCAUUCCAUCUUUUCUUGACAACAUGAGUUCCAUUAAGUUUCUUGAUCUCUCUCAGAAUUUUUUCUCAGGACCACUCCCUGAUGAUCUUUUUCGAAACUCUUUAUCUCUUCGCUACCUUUCUUUAGCAGGGAAUAUGUUUGAAGGUCCAAUACCUAGUUCAUUAUGGAGCUGCGCUUCCUUGAACACUCUCAGUCUGUCCAACAACCAUUUCUCCGGUGACCCAGAUUUUGCUACUGGGAUUUGGUCAUUGGAGCGGCUUCGAAGAUUGGAUCUUUCACACAACGAAUUUUCUGGACCCGUGCCACAAGGGGUAUCGGCCAUUCACAACUUGAAAGAGCUCCAAUUACAGGGAAAUCGCUUUUCCGGACCACUGCCUGUAGAUAUUGGACUGUGCCCGCACUUGAAUAGAUUGGAUUUAAGCAGCAAUCUCUUUAGUGGAGCGCUGCCACAGUCUCUUCAGAGGCUAAAUUCAAUGAACUAUGUCAGUUUAUCCAAGAAUAUGUUGACAGGCGAGUUCCCUCAGUGGAUUGGUAGCUUGAGCGAUCUUGAAUACUUGGACUUGUCAAGCAAUGCUCUAACUGGUAGCAUCCCAUCAUCCAUUGGUGACUUGAAAUCACUGAGCUACUUGAGUUUGUCCAAUAACAAACUCUUUGGCAACAUUCCCACCUCAAUGGUUUCCUGUACUAUGUUAUCAGUGAUUCGGUUGAGAGGUAACAGCUUUAAUGGCAGCAUACCAGCAGGCUUGUUUGAUCUUGGGCUAGAGGAAGUAGAUUUUUCACACAAUGGAUUGAUAGGUUCAAUUCCAUCAAGUUCAAGUACUUUCUUUUCAUCUCUUCACACACUGGACCUUUCAAGGAACAAUCUCACAGGACGUAUUCCAGCAGAAAUGGGUCUCUCAUCUGAUUUGAGAUACUUGAAUUUGUCCUGGAACAAUCUGGAAUCAAGAAUGCCACCAGAGCUUGGCUACUUUCAGAACUUGACAGUUUUGGAUCUUCGAAGCAGUGGUUUAGUUGGCUCAAUUCCUGCAGAUAUAUGUGAGUCUGGAAGUUUGAGCAUCCUUCAAUUGGAUGGAAAUUCAUUGGUGGGCCAAAUUCCUGAAGAGAUUGGAAAUUGUUCGUCACUGUAUUUGCUGAGCUUGUCCCAAAAUAAUUUGAGCGGUUACAUUCCCAAGUCCGUUUCAAGGCUGAACAAGCUCAAGAUUCUGAAAUUGGAAUUCAAUGAACUGACUGGAGAGAUACCACAAGAGCUUGGAAAACUGGAGAAUCUUCUGGCUGUAAAUAUAUCUUAUAACAAGCUCAUAGGCAGGCUUCCUGUUGGGGGUAUAUUUCCAAGUUUGGAUCAAAGUGCAUUGCAGGGGAAUUUGGGAAUUUGCUCACCCUUGUUGAAGGGACCAUGUAAGAUGAACGUUCCCAAGCCUCUUGUCCUUGAUCCGUAUGCCUACGGCAAUCAAGAUGGCAAGAGACCAAGGAGUAUAUCCUCUCCCCCGGCAAGGUUCCAUCACCAUAUGUUCCUCAGUGUUUCAGCUAUCAUUGCAAUUUCGGCAGCUAUAUUCAUUGUGUUUGGAGUGAUACUCAUAAGCCUGCUAAAUGUAUCUGCCCGGAAGAGGCUUGCAUUUAUGGAUCAUGCCUUAGAAAGCAUGUGCUCAAGCUCUUCCAGAUCUGGAAAUCUAGCCACAGGCAAGCUGGUCCUGUUUGAUUCAAAAUCAUCCCCUGAUUGGAUCAGCAAUCCAGAAUCACUCCUUAAUAAGGCUGCUGAAAUAGGCCAAGGGGUAUUUGGAACUGUUUACAAGGUCUCAUUGGGUUCAGAGGCAAGAAUGGUAGCGAUAAAAAAGCUUAUUACAUCACAUAUUAUCCAAUAUCCUGAAGAUUUUGAUCGAGAAGUUCGAGUAUUAGGAAAGGCAAGGCACCCAAAUCUCUUAUCACUAAAAGGGUAUUACUGGACUCCUCAGUUGCAGCUAUUGGUAUCAGAAUAUGCACCUAAUGGCAGCUUACAAGCCAAACUCCAUGAAAGGCUACCCUCUACUCCGCCUCUUUCUUGGGCAAACAGAUUGAAGAUUGUGCUUGGAACAGCGAAGGGACUAGCACACCUGCAUCAUUCUUUCCGUCCACCCAUCAUUCAUUAUAACAUAAAACCAAGCAACAUUCUUCUUGACGAAAAAUUCAACCCAAAGAUUUCGGAUUUUGGACUUGCAAGGCUGUUGACAAAGCUGGAUAGGCAUGUUAUAAGCAGUAGAUUUCAGAGUGCAUUAGGAUAUAUGGCACCAGAACUAGCAUGUCAGAGCUUGAGGAUCAAUGAGAAAUGCGAUAUAUAUGGUUUUGGCGUCUUGAUUCUUGAGCUAGUAACUGGAAGAAGGCCAGUUGAAUAUGGUGAAGACAAUGUGGUGAUACUAAACGAUCAUGUGAGGGUUUUGCUUGAACAUGGUAAUGCCUUGGAUUGUGUUGAUCCAAGCAUGGGGGAUUAUCCUGAAGACGAGGUAUUGCCAGUGCUCAAAUUGGCCCUUGUGUGCACCUCUCAAAUACCUUCCAGUAGGCCUUCCAUGGCAGAAGUGGUGCAAAUAUUGCAGGUCAUCAAGACUCCAGUUCCACGAAGAAUGGAAAUUUUCUAA